CUCACUUCUUUUUCUGAUUUCGCUUCUCCCUCAGGUUUAACACUCUCUCUCUAUCUCUCUCCUUUCCUAACCCGAAGCCCUCUCUCCCCGUCUAAAUCCCUAACCGAAAACCCUCUCUACCCGUCUUAAACCCUAACCUAAAUCCUUCCCUCGUCAUCUCAGACCCUAAUCCAUAACUCUCUCAUCCCCUUCCCAAAUCCCCCACCUCUCUCUCUCUCUCUCUGUCAUUCUUGCUGUGUUGUGCUCGAGGUUAGGGUUUCUGGUUUUGUGCAAUCUUUCCGCGAAAGCCUCCGUAUUCCUUCUCUAUCUAAAAGAGGAUAUAUUCAACAUGGCUUUGUCAGAUGAAGAAGAUUUAGAUAUUAAAAAGUACUUACGAGGAGAGAAUAAGGGCUUGAAGGCUGUAAAGGACAAAAAGCUGAGGGGCCAAUUAACUGUUAGAGAAGAGUUAUACAGUCAAUCUGCCAAGGCUGCAGCUAAAGUUGAAAAGUGGUUGUUGCCCAGUGAAGGAGGUUACCUAGAAACUGAAGGUUUGGAAAAAUCAUGGAGGAUCAAACAAGAAAAUAUUGUGCAUGAAGUAGACAUUUUAAGUUCAAGAAAGGCAUUUGAUAUAGUCCUACCAGAUCUUGGUCCGUAUGUGUUGGACUAUACCUCUAAUGGCCACUAUAUGUUGGUUGGAGGGCGAAGAGGUCAUCUAGCAAUGAUGGAUGUGAUGAGUAUGAACCUAAUCAAAGAGUUUCAGGUCAGAGAGACCAUCCGUGAUGUGAAGUUUUUGCACAAUGAUCAAUUUUUUGCUGCAGCUCAAAAAAAGUAUUCAUAUAUUUACAACAAAGUUGGAACAGAAAUUCACUGCCUCAAGGAAAACCUGUUUCCCCUAAGUCUUCAAUUCUUGCAAAACUACUUCCUCUUGGUGUCGAUAAACAAAUAUGGCCAGCUUCUAUACCAAGACACCACCACUGGUGAGAUUGUUGGCCAUCAUCGAACAGGCUUAGGUCGAUGCGAUGUGAUGAAUGCAAACCCCUUCAACUCAGUUAUAGCCCUAGGUCACAAUUCAGGUAAAGUCACACUGUGGAAGCCCACGAGUGCCAACCCUCUCGUCAAAAUGCUAUGCCAUCAUGGUCCCAUCGCAGCCCUAGCCUUUCACAACAAUGGCCAUCUCAUGGCCACAGCAGGCAUGGACCACAAGAUCAAGCUUUGGGAUCUACGAAAAUUUGAGGCUGUGCAUACUUUCAAAGGCCACGCCAAAACCCUGGAUUUUAGUCAGAGAGGCUUGUUGGCCAUGGCAAGCGGUUCAUUAAUAAAAAUAUGGAGGGAUGAUUCAGGCAAUUCGGAUUAUCAACUUUAUAUGAGCCACCGUAUGUUGAAGGGGUAUCAAGUUGGGGAGGUUAGGUUUAGGCCUUAUGAAGAUGUGUUAGGGUUUGGGCACUCAACGGGUAUUUCAUCAAUUCUUGUUCCUGGUUCUGGUGAGCCCAACUUCGAUACUUUUGUUGCGAACCCAUUUGAGACUUCCAAGCAAAGGAGAGAGAAAGAGGUUCAUGCUUUGCUUGAUAAGUUGCAGCCCGAGAUGAUUAUGAUGGACCAAACAAAGAUAGGGGGGUUGAAAUCAGGGAGUAGGGCAGAGGAAGGGAAAAGCAAAGAGGGGAGAGAGGCUGAGAUGGACGCUGCUCUUGCAGCUGCCAAGGGUGAGAAGAGGAAGAAGAAGACUAAGGGGAGAAGUAAGCCUAGUAAGAUAGAGAAGAAGAAAAAGGAGACGGUUAUCAAGGCCAAGAGGCCAUUUAUCGAGGAGAGGGUGAAGGAAGAAGAGAAGAGAAAGAAACAGAAGGUUAGUGAGAUGCAGCUGCCCCUAGCCUUGCAGCGUUUUGCUCGAAGUAGCUGAGGGUUAGUUUCUGUUUUUUCCUCCAUUUUUUUCCUUGUGUAAAUUAUUACCGUGUUUUAUUAACAUUCACAGCAUGAGUUUUCUGCUGUUUAUGCUACGGGAUUUUGUUUUUUCUUCGCAAUUUGAGUGGAAAAUCCCCUCUUAAUGUCAUCCUCUGUUUAGCUGUUGCUUUUCACCCAA